AUGAAUUUAGCUGUGUCUUACCAGGAUGUCUUUUCGCUGUGCCUCGGGUUCUUUUUGAUUCCAGUGGAGCCUCUCCUGGGCCUGAUAGCGGUCGGCCCCUCUCUCUCAAGCUUACGAGCUGUUCUCUUUCUGCAGGCCUGGCUCACCGAGAUUAAUGAGUUUGCUCAGCAGAACGUAGUGAUCAUGCUUCUGGGGAACAAGGCUGAUGCCACUCAUGAAAGGGUUGUGAAGCGAGAGGAGGGUGAGAAACUGGCCAAGGAGUAUGGCGUUCCCUUCAUGGAGACCAGUGCAAAGUCAGGUCUGAAUGUGGAGUUGUCCUUCACUGCUGUGGCAAAGGAUCUGAAGCACAGGGAGAUGAAGGAGCCGAACGAGCCCAAGUUUCAGCUGCAGGAGUUUGUUAACAAGGAGAUGAAGGGAGUCGGAUGCUGUCGCUCAUAAACCCGUCUCAUUGUCUGUGUGUUUCCACUCUUUCAUCCUCUUCUCCCGC